AAAAUGUCAAACCAACCCGUCGUCAGUUGUUUACCUGUCACUGCAAACAAAAUGUCGAAAGCAAAGAAGGUUUUGGAUGAGGCUCGCGAUACCAAAAAUCGCGAAAUUGACCUGGUAGAUCGCAGUAUUUCCACCUUCGACGAGCUGCCAGGGUUGCUUAAUAUGCUGUUUGUUACUAGAAUCACGUUGAGCCACAACAAAUUGAAGAGUGUUCCCCCGGGUAUAGCGAACCUGAACAAUUUGGAAAUCUUAAACCUCUCCAACAACCAGCUGGAAGAGCUGCCGCUUUCGCUUUCGUCGAUGCCAAAGCUGAGAAUCCUCAACUGCUCGAUCAAUCGGCUGAACACGUUGCCCCGCGGGUUUGGAGCGUUUCCCGUGCUGGAGGUGCUAGAUUUAUCGUACAAUAAUUUGAACGAGAACGUGCUGCCGGGAAACUUUUUUAUGAUGGAUUCGCUGCGCGCGCUGUAUCUCGGCGAUAAUGAGUUCGAAUACCUGCCGAAAGAGAUUCGCAAUUUGAAAAAUCUCCAGAUUCUCGGACUGCGGGAUAACGAUUUGCUGGAGUUGCCGAGAGAGAUCGGUGAACUAACGCGCAUUCGGGAGCUGCACAUCCAAAACAACCGGUUGAGUGUGUUGCCGCCAGAAAUCUCUAACCUGGACAUGCCCGGACCAAAGUCGGUACUCAAAAUGGAGGAAAACCCAUGGGUGACAGCGAUCGCGGAGCAGUAUCUGGUCGGCAUUAGCCACGUGUUGGAGUACAUCAAGACGGAGGCGUACAGAAUCCUGUACAAUCGCUACACGCAGUCGGGAGGUAAAUCAGGCAGUGAUCUGCCGCCCAAAUCGGACAAAAGCAAAAAGGCGUCCCGGGCUCGUUCGUAAAGCAGCGAAUAGCGAACGUCGUGUUGCCGAUGAAUCGACGGCCAUCCCAGUGCCAAUGGUGCCAACCGGAAGCUCCACGCUGUUCCCAGUGAAACAGAACGCAACUAAAAACGGGAGAACCGGGUUUUUAUGUUCAAACUAACAGCGACUAGCAAUUGAAGUAUUUCAAUCAGCGCAAUGGAGAGUAGAUGAGAAUAGUUUGUUAAACUAAUUUAAUUAACACCGACUUAAUGUACGCGCGUGUGCAGCUGCGACUGCAAGUGCCUUAAACCCGUUAACACAACACUGCGUACAAUCGCACAACGCAAAG